GUUCAGAGUGCACUGGAAGACAAGACGCACCCAGGGUUUCUAACAACCAAGGAUCUUGGCCACACUGCUGCACUAGGUGAUUUGACCCAAAUUAUCCUGCUGUGCAGUACCAUAUAGGCAGAGGUCAUGGAGGACGAAUUCAGCAUGCAGGUAAAAAAGAUGGCACUGGCCAUGGGCGCAUCACUGAGCGACCAGGAUAUCAACCGCAUGCCCAGAGAAAUGAGGCUCCAAGGAAACUUUAACUACAGUAAGUUCUUUGAGUACAUGCAACAAUUUACGACAUCAGAGCAGCAGGAGGAAUCUAUCAAGAAGGCCUUUAAGAUGCUGGACAAAGACAACAGUGGCUACAUUGAAUGGAAUGAGAUCAAGUACAUCCUGUCGACAGUGCCCAGCUCCAUGCCCGUGAUGCCCCUGUCAGAUGAGGAGGCUGAGGCCAUGCUACAGGCUGCAGAUGUGGAUGGCGAUGGGAGGAUUGAUUUCAGAGAAUUCUCAGACCUGGUCAAAUCGGAGAAGAAACCAAAGAAGUAGACAAGGGAGAGGGGCAGCAGAGGUUCUGGAAUCAACUUUCAUCGCUCGCACGGUUCCUAUUGGACUUGGCUUCGCUUCAGUUAUGGCCCUGACUGCUGGGAAAGCUUCCAACAUGCACUAACACUUGCCUAGCAAUUCCUCGGUGAAAGCCAUGUUAUUAUUGUAUGUAAAUACAUACUGUAAUACCACACAUAGCUCACUUACUAAACAAAUAUCUGUGACCAAAGGUCAAGUUCUCCACGUGUCACUUCAAAGUGUGGCUGUAAAAAUUUAGGAUGUGUUUAGAGAAUGACUUUGCAACUGUCACGAUAAUGCAACAGUGGUUACAAAACACUUGGCUUCACUCAAAGAAUACUAAAGCAUAUCUCCACAGUUCACCUUUCAGAGUACAGGAAACACCACUAUUUUGCCAUAAUCGGUUUAAAGAAUGCAUCAAAAAUAUUAGCAUAAGAUCUAGCUCCCCCAGACCCAAAUUGGAUAAAAAAUUAGAAAAUGGAUGUAUGGAUAAAUUUUCAAAAUAUUUUCCUAGCAGGCCAAGCCCUGACAGCUUGCAAACAGCACAAAGCGACAUUUACAUUUUUGGGGAGAUGAGAAGCAAGGUGCGUGGUUUUGAUUUGCAUUGGAAGGAUCAUUGUUCAGAUUUUCCUUACAUUGGUUGUUUACAGAAUUAUGCUUAUUGUUAAUGAUCACUGCAGAAAAUGUGUCUUGGAGUGCUUUCAAAUACAAAGACAAACCCUAUUGAUCAGGGCUGCUUUUUAAUACAUAGUUGAACUUUGUUGUAUAAAAGUUGGUAUAUAUAAACAAAGGCUGAAGCAGUUUGGGUACAUGUUCUUGAAUUUUACCAAUAAAACACUGUGUAAUACCUGCUUGUUUUCUUCUGUUGGUCUUCCUGUACAGCCCCAUAGGUAUUGAUACAGUAAAUAUAUUCACACUCUCACUUCACAGUGAAACACAGGAACAGCUCUGCAACCUACUGUAUGUGAGUCACUUCUCUACACUGCUCUGUCAAGGGUGGGGUCAGAUAGCUCGAUUUGGUGAGUGUGUGUCUUGAGCAUAUUCUUCAGGGCUUGCAAACUUAAACACUGACAGUUUUUCUAGCAUCCCAGGAGCCUGAUAUGAAACAUUGCCCCAACAUGGGAUAAAACAAAAUGCAAAAAGUAUUUAUUGGACACAAUUACAAAAAUGUGGGUAGUACGUUACAAGGCCACAGUUGCAAGGGCGACUGUAAGUCUUGUCUGUAUGGUGAUGUGUAAAAUCAUGACAACAAAGUGCAAAUCCUCUGAAUUGCACUAGAAGAGACAAGUGGAGGGAAAUUCAUAUUAAAAAAGAUCAAUUUGCCCUUCACUCCCCAAGAACCACUUGUAAAAAAAAA